CCUUCAUCAAAGGGCAAAUUCACUUGGAUUUGAGUAUAAUGGACAGGCAGUGGCGGACACAGUGCAUCGAGUUCCUCAACAAGAAGUUGGGAGUGGACCUCAACAGGAACCUGAGUUCUGCUGACAGAGGAGUAGCUCAGGCGAUGCAGGUUAUGGCGGAGGAACAUCUGUACUGGUUCCUUGUCCUCUUCCGAUGGCAAUAUGACAACGACAAAUCUUUCAUGCUGAAUGUUUUUAAAAUAGGCAAGUUUAUGUUUUGGAUGUUUCAACGACAAGUAAAAAAGCAAAUAUGGAGUCAAGGCUUGGGCCGACACAUAGAAGAGGAGGGAACAGAAAUGUUUAAGAAGGAUCUACAAUCCCUGUCGGACUUCAUAGGGACCAAGAAGUUCCUGAUGGGGGACCAGCCCUGUGAGACGGACUGUGCGGUGUUCGGCCAGCUGUCAGAGUUCUACUGGCAGUUCAUGGGCACUGGACAUAAGGACAUCCUCAAGGGCAAGUGACUUUUAAGUUAUCAUUUCCACUUCACGGUUUUGAACUCCAACCCCCAAACCCC